UUAAUUUAAAAAAUUAUUAUCGCCAUUGCUCAAUAAGGAUGAACAAUACAUUAAUGAAUACGAUCCUCUUGCAUCCUCUCUUUGAGAGGAAUCAAGAGGCGACAGUCUAUGUAGGAAAAUUAGACAGCAAGGUCAAUGAAGAACUGUUGUGGGAACUCUUCAUCCAAUGUGGCCCAGUCAUGAAUGUCCAUAUCCCUCGUGAUAAGAUUACGAAUGAACAUCAAAAUUAUGGAUUUGUAGAGUUCAAGAACGAAGAAGAUGCUGAUUAUGCUAUUAAAAUCAUGCAUAUGAUCAGACUGUUCGGUAAACCAAUCCAUGUCAAUAAGGCAAGUCAGGAUAAAAGAACUCAGGAAGUAGGAGCAAAUCUUUUUGUAGGUAAUCUCACUCCUGAAGUAGAUGAAAAGUCACUCAAAGAUGUGUUCUCAAGUUUCGGAAUCGUACUUUCAACGAGGAUUAUGAGAGAUCCAGAGACUGGAAUUUCCAAAGGAUAUGGAUUUGUGAAUUAUGAUAAUUUUGAGAGUGCUGACAUGGCAAUUAAUACAAUGAAUGGUCAGUAUAUCUCAGGGCAGCCAGUAGACGUGUCGUAUGCAUACAAAAGGGAUACAAAGGGAGAGCGUCACGGUUCUACAGCUGAGAGAAUAAUUGCUUCGAAGAAGGCAAAUGCAACUAGUGGCAUUCCAUCAGGUAAUUCUGAAGAUCGUAAAAGACCCCCAAUGCCUCCAAGCGGACCUCCUCCAAUGCCUUCAAGAGGAGCUCCUCCAAUGCCUCCUAGCGGAGCUCCUCCUCCAAUGCCUCCAACCGGUGCUCCACCGAUGCCUCCAAGUGGAAUGCCUCCCAUGCCACCUAGCAGUGCUCCUCCUGCUCCCUCAGGACCCCCUCCAAUGGGAAUGUAUCACCCCAUGCCUCCUCCUGGAGCUCCUGGAAGAGGACCAUCAGGAGAUAGAAGAGCUGCCCCUCCUCCUCCACCAGGAGCCCCUCCCAGCUAUUACUAAUUUCAAUAUUCAUUGCUAAAUUG